AUAAGCGGUAUUCUGAUAGCGAUAAAUCACUUCAUAAUAUAAGUGUUUUCGUGCAAUCAUUGUGACCGGGGUUGUUUCAGCGAUGUGUCGCUUCCUAGGUGUAGUGAUCGCAUUGCUCUGUUGUCAGGGUAUUGCAUUAUGUUCCGGACAAGAAUCACGUUUAGUGGAAAUUGCUCAGGGCCCUGUAAAAGGGUAUAAAGACACCGAAUAUGACAUUUAUACCUUUUAUGAUAUACCUUAUGCCACAGCUCCUACUGGAUUGGAUAGAUUUAAGAGUCCAUUGCCGCCUCCUACUUGGUCUAAAGUGUUUGAAGCUGUAGACAAAGUAACAAUAUGUCCGCAAGGCAAUUUAAUGCGUUUCCUUCCGGACGUAAAGACAAUGCAAGAAGAUUGUCUAACUGCAUCUGUAUAUGUUCCCGAUACUAUACAGAAACACUUACCAGUUGUUGUUUAUGUGCACGGAGGAGCUUACGUCAUGGGAUGGGGCAACAUGGUUACGCCCAAAAACUUCGUAAAAAGUAAAAAAGUGAUUGCAGUAACGUUUAAUUAUAGACUUGGAGCUCACGGAUUUCUUUGUUUAGGCACCAAUGACGUCCCUGGUAACGCAGGAAUGAAAGACCAAGUAGCACUGUUGCGUUGGGUGCAAAAGAAUAUAGCAAAAUUCGGCGGUGACCCUAAUGAUGUUACAAUCGCAGGAUACAGUGCGGGGUCAGCGUCAGUAGAUCUGCUGAUGAUCUCAAAAAUAACAGAUAACUUAUUUAAAAGGGUUAUUCCAGAAAGCGGAGCAAAUACAGCAGUGUUCAGUGUUCAGGUAGAUCCUAUUCAAAAUGCUAAAGAAUACGCAAAAUUAAUAACUACAAAAAAAUUUGAGGACCUUCGUGAUUUAGAAAAGUUUUUCAAGACCAUAACAUAUGAUCAAUUAAAUUCAGGGGACGUGAUGAACAGAACAGAUUCCUCGUUUCUUAUGGUACCAUGCGUAGAACGUGAUUUGGGACAAGAAGUAUUUCUGGAUGAUAGUCCAGUUAACAUACUGAAAAGUGGUAACUAUAAAAAAGUACCAAUGUUAUACGGGUUUACCGAUAUGGAAGGUUUAUUACGCAUAGAAUACUUUGAUACCUGGAAAGAUUUAAUGAAUGAUAACUUUUCCGAUUUUCUACCGAUCGAUUUAAAAUUCAAAAGCAAAAUGGAGAAGGAACAAGUGGCCGAAAGGGUUAAACGAUUUUACUUUGGAGACAAAACUGUCAGUAAGGAAACUGUGUUAGCGUAUGUAGACUACUUUACGGAUGUUAUCUUCGCAUAUGCAACAAUUAGAUCAGUUAAAUUGCAAGUAGAGGCUGGCAAUGAUCAGAUAUAUUUAUACGAGUAUUCAUACUAUGAUGAUGAAACCCCUUCCGUGCCUUAUACAAACAACGUACGCGGUGCGAAUCAUUGUUCACAAACUAUGUUCGUUUUGGAUGGAUGGAAUAAGUUUAUAAACCGAACAAGUGAUUCCGAUGCGUUCAAAAAACAUGUCAAAAAUAUGAGGAAAAUUUGGCUAGAUUUUAUGACAACUGGUAAGCCAGUACCUGAAGGUUCUGAUUUGCCGAAAUGGCCGCCAGUCGGCGCAAAUAGAUCUCCUUACAUGUCACUGGGUAAAACAAUAGAACUGAAGAGCUCUCUUCUAAAAGAAAGAACCGAAUUCUGGGAUGAUAUAUAUGAAAAGUAUUACCCCAAUCCUAUGCCACCUACUUCUCUAGUACAUACGGAGUUAUAAGUAAAUCUAAAUAUAUAAAUAAAAUAUA